AUCCUCUUGUCUCUCUCCCUCCAUGCUUUAGAGGUUCUAUUGCUUACUGAUAAUUCAUAACAGAGAUUCUACAUCAAGAACAUCUCCACGGCAACAAAAUUUGUCACCAAAAAUUUUCUCAAAACCUCAAAAAAAGAAAGAAACGAGUCCAUGUUCAAAACAAUCGCCAUCACCUUCCUAGGCUUAGCCACCUCUUUCACCUUCCUCCUGAUUUCUCCCCCUCCAAAAUCUUCCUAUCACUCCCUAUUCACAUCUCCUUCUCUAUCCGACAACUUUUCAGUAGCAAACCACCUACACACCCUCACUCGCCGGCCUCAUGUUGCUGGCUCUGAGGCUAACGCCGAGGCGGCAGCCUAUGUUUUAUCCAUCUUUACUUCCAGCAAUAUCCAAUCACACAUAGCAUCCUAUGAGGUGUCUCUGACUUACCCUCUAUUUCGUUCCUUGAUAUUAACACGUCCACCUCCAGAGCCACCCACUACGUUCAAUCUUUGCCAAGAAAUUUAUGAUGGAGAUCCAUAUGCUGAUGUAGCAGACCAAGUUCAGCCUACCUUUCAUGCAUAUGCAAAGUCAGGCAAUGUCUCUGGACCUGUGGUUUAUGUGAACUACGGACGUGUGGAAGACUACAUGACACUGAAAGAAAUGGGUGUGAAUGUCUCGGGUGCUAUUGCAUUGGCAAAAUAUGGAAAAAUAUACCGAGGAGACAUAGUAAAGACUGCAUAUGCAGCAGGCGCUAUAGGGGUAUUGGUGUAUACAGAUCGAAAGGACUAUGGCGGUGGGGGAGGGGAUGUGCGGUGGUUCCCAGAUGAUAAAUGGAUGCCACCAAGCGGAGUACAGGUGGGAUCAGUUUACAAAGGGAUCGGAGACCCUACUACACCAGGAUGGGCGAGCACUAGAGAAUGUGAAAGGUUAUCAGAAGAGGAGGUAGAGAAAGGAGGGGAUGUUCCCCUCAUACCAUCAUUGCCGGUGUCAGCGGCAGAUGGUGAAAUAAUCUUGAGAUCCAUUGGUGGACAAGUCGCCAAUGAGGACUGGCAGGGAAGCAAAGAUGCACCUACUUAUAGGCUUGGACCAGGGCCAGGAAUUGUCAAUCUCAAUUACACAGGAAAGCAAUUCAUAGGGACAAUUCAGAAUGUCAUUGGUGUGAUUGAAGGAGCAGAAGAGCCAGAUAGAUUUGUCAUUCUGGGUAAUCAUCGGGAUGCAUGGACAUUUGGAGCCGUUGAUCCCAACAGUGGCACUGCAGCGUUGUUAGAGAUUGCAGAAAGACUGGGGAAAUUGCAAAAAAAAGGAUGGAAACCUCGAAGAACAAUUGUGUUGUGCAAUUGGGACGCUGAGGAAUAUGGACUGAUAGGAUCCACUGAAUGGGUAGAAGAGAACAGAGAAACACUAGCUUCAAGGGCUGUUGCUUACUUGAAUGUUGACUGUGCUGUAUCUGGACCAGGAUUCCAUGCCUCUGCAACUCCCCAGCUUGAUGAACUACUCAAACGAGCAACUCAACAGGUUCAAGACCCAGAUAACUCAUCACAAACUAUUUACGAUUCGUGGGUUAGUUCCAACAAUUCUCUCCUGAUCGAGAGGCUAGGAGAAGGAGGAUCAGAUUUUGCAGCAUUUGUGCAACAUGUAGGAAUUCCAGCAGUUGCGAUGUUUUACGGAGGAGGUUACCCUGUAUACCACUCAAUGUACGAUGACUUUAUCUGGAUGGAAAAAUAUGGUGAUCCAAUGUUUCGUAGACAUGUUGCAGUGGCAAGUGUUUGGGGUUUAGUAGCUCUUUGGUUAGCAGAUGAGGAAUUUUUGCCUUACAACUAUCUCUCCUAUGCACAGGAGCUCCAGACAUACACGAAGGACUUAGGAGAUAGGAUCUCAGAUAAGAAUGUGAGCCUAACCCCUUUACUCGAGUCCAUAGAGGAGCUAAAAAAAGCAGCCACCACAGUGAACAACCAGAUCAAGGAAAUGAAAGAACGAAAAGGUUGGGCAUCAAUAUGGAAUAAAGAUCCUUUGAAGGUGAGAGAGCUCAAUGACAGACAAAUGAUGACAGAGCGUGCAUUUACAGACCGAGAUGGACUCUCCAGAAGGCCAUGGUAUAAGCAUUUGAUUUAUGGGCCCUCGGAGCACGAUGACUAUGGAUCCAGCUUCUUUCCCGGCAUAGAUUAUGCCAUUGAGAAGGCAAAGACCUUGAAUACUACAGAGACAUGGCAUUUAGUACAACGUGAAGUUUGGAAAGUCUCUCGAGCUAUCAGACAUGCUUCACUAGUUCUCAAGGGCGAACUAACAUGACUAUGCACAUACAUGUUCCACAACUUAAUGAAGGCCAUGCAACUCAAACAUGUUUUUGUAACUUAAUCUGAUAAUAGAACCAUUUUGUU